AUCUCCACAUUGGGCGCUCAUUCAAAGGACCCUUGAGGAGACACUAGCUACCUACUUAAAGUAGUAAUAAGAGUUGAUCAACCCAUUGUGCCCCAGUUACGGCACAACUUGCAGCCCAAAAUGCAGACACGUGCAGCCGCGAAGCUUGCCAGUGCUGCAGCUACAGCCAGCAAUGUGGUCGGCGUCUCGGACAGACAUGCCGAGGUGGUACAAGCGCUAGGGAGCACCGGCGACCCGGAAAUGAUAGCUCACUCGAAGACCUCCGGCAAAACUACUAAGGCGAGCACAAAGCGUAAGCGUGGUGGGAAGCAGCAGGCACAGCCUCUCAAAGGUGGCUGGGUUUUACCUCAUGGGAUGGGUGUCGCAGGUCUUGGGACCGAGUCAGAGCUUGUCGAUGCAGCUUCUGAUCCGGAUCUUCCCGCUCAACAGAGCGCUACGGUGACCUCACAACUUAAACUCAACACCCAAAAGAAGGUCCUCAGACAGACUAGGCAAACCCGCCUGUCCCUUCGAGUCACCAAGGCCCGGGUCAAGGAAGAGAAGGUGCAGGAGCCCAUAGUGAAAUUGGAAGAGCCCGACGACGCCUCCAACGUCGAGCAGGAGGAUGGUCACCCUAACAAACGAGUACGGACUGCUCUGGUGGCUAACAUUUCGGCCGAUGCUCCGGUUGCCAACAAGGUAGCCUCGGACCUUGCGCUGCUGAAGGUUGAGAAAAAGAAGAUUCUGGACCAGCCCACGCCGAAGGUCUUGAUCAUCAAAGGCAUCACAAUCAAGGACGACAUUGUUACUAAGUCUUCAGCCAAAAUUGUUAUCGACGCCAGCCAACUACUGGACCCUAACUUCAGGCGAAUCGUCAAAAGAGGCAAAGAGAACCCAUAUGGGUUGACACCUGGGUUCUCGCCCUAUUCAUACCGGCGCGUUCCUACACUUGAUUCCUGUAAGGAAGUACACAGGAUUUUGACCGAGAUACACGGAGAGGUGAAGCAACCCGAUAAAAUGCCCCUGGCUUCUCUAGAGGUUGCCGGUUGUGGUGAGGUCCCUUGCGUGCUUGAUGCACUACUGAGGACCUUGAUCAGCGGGAACACCCUUAUGGCGCUCGCAGACGCAGCUAUCAAGAACCUGGCUGAGCACUAUGGUCUCCGCCAGGACGGUACUGGCGCUGGGAGCAUUAACUGGGACAAGGUCAGAUUAUCCACGCACGGCGAGCUUGCGCAGGUCAUCAAGGUUGCUGGCAAUGGACCCAAUAGAAGCCAACAUAUCAAGCGGAUUCUCGACAUGGUCCACGAGGAGAACAUCCAGCGGGCCAAUACGCAACCCCCCAGUACAGAGGCAGACGAAAACCAAGCAGUGGUCGAGGCAGAGAAGACCACACAUAACCUUCUCUCACUCGACCACAUGCAUGCCAUGAGCAAGGACGAGGCCAUGGCUAAGUUCGUAAGCUACCCAGGCAUCGGCAUCAAGACAGCGGCCUGCGUUACAUUGUUCUGCUUGCGGAUGCCCUGCUUUGCUGUGGACACACAUGUCCACAAAUUCUGCCGUUGGUUGGGAUGGGUUCCCGACAAGGCCGACCCGGACAAUUGUUUCCGGCAUGGGGACUUUAUGGUGCCUGAUCAUCUCAAGUAUGGUCUACACCAGUUGUUCAUUCGCCAUGGCCAGCUGUGCUUCAAGUGCAGGAAGGCGACUAAACCGGGAACCAAGGAUUGGAACGAGGCGCCAGACUGCCCACUCGAGCACUUGUUGGUUCGAAGCAAAGAUGAAGCCGGGUCCAAGCCGAAGAAGGUCAAAAAAGUGAAAGAGGAGACGAGCUCCCAGACGGACACCUCGAAAAGCGAGGAUGCAAGUGAGGAGGAAGAAGAGGAGGAGUAAGGGUUCAUUUAUGGUGUGACAUCUUGCCCCAAGAUAGCAUGGCAUAAAGAGGCGGAUGAAGUUUGGCUCCAUUUCACGGGGGAUUUAUUGCUGCUUUGAUGAUUCAGGGAUAUUAUCCUUGGGCUUCAUAGAAACUACCUAGGUCGUUAUUACUGAGAGUUUGGGGUUAGCAGUGACUACCGAGGUACAGAUUACUUCCAUAGCAGAAUCUCCCAAUCGAUUUGCGAUGGGGCAUAUGAAUUAGUCAACACCGGAUAGCUUGAGUGAACAAGGGCCAUGUCUGCACAGCUUGUGGUCACUACCUAAUGUUAGAGGUAUGUUUUAAUGAAUUGAUAAUUUGAACAAUGGCGAGAAUGGCU